GCACCGCCGGCGGCGGCGGCGGAAAGCCUUGAGAGGGAUUCGUGUUAUAUAUUUAUAACGGGCGUGUUAUUCUUCUGGCUACGAACCGCCAUAUUGGGUGUAACAGCGCUUCGCCUGUGCUAUAUAAUUCCCUCGAUCGCGCUGCUCAAUCUGCAAAUAGCGAAAACUAGGGUUUUGAUAUGGCGGCCGCGAUGCAGCUUGUUGCUCUGCCUGCUCUUCAUCCUCAUGACUCGUCUAUUAUUUGAUCGAGCUCAUCGCCCAUGUCGACGUCGCCUUCGAUACAAUCUAUGCGAAGCCGACGCAGCUGACAGAACUACAAGACAAAACUACAUUUCUUCCCCGGAAGAACCAAUGAUUGGCGCCUGCUUCCUCUCUGUAAAAUCACACUUCCAUGGCCCAAUUCAAUCAUCAUGCAUUCCGAUAUCUUCAAUCCAUGGCCGAUGUGAAGCUGCUCGGGAAAUUGUCAUGCCCCUACGAGCCUGCGAGGGUGGCCCUACAACUGAAGAAAGUCGAGUACGAGUACUUGGAAGAAGAGAUCGGAAAUUGCCAUGCCCCUACGAGCCUGCGAGGGUGGCCCUACAACUGAAGAAAGUCGAGUACGAGUACUUGGAAGAAGAGAUCGGUGGCAAGAGUAAGCUCUUCAUCCUUGCAUCUAACCCGUCCUCAAAAAGAUCCCCGUCCUAAUCCACCGCAUCCAUGGUGGCCGCCUCCUUUGCGAAUCCGUCAUCGUCCAGAACAUCGACGAGGCCUGGCCGGCGGUGCCUGGCCUCAUUCCCGCGAGGUCCCACGACCGCUCCCUCCACCGUGGGCAGAGAGGCUCUGCAGGCACGAGGCGGUGCAGGGGAUGAUGCGGAGACGGAGAGGCUGAUGGAGAUCUUCCAGUAGGCCCAAACAGUUAAUGAAACCGUCUGGAAGAUGAAUUUGAAUAAUUAGUUAUAGCCCA